AUGAAGCGAGAUUUGCAAUGGGAUGCAAUUGAGUCGAUCAGCUCGUCAGAUGGAGAGUCAGAGAUUGGAAACUUUACUGACAGUGAUGAUGAUGAUGCUGAUGCUUGGGAUGUUUCUACCCCAUUAGAUACCGACACCAUCUCACCUGAUGUCAGUGAAAACGUGGAUCAUUCGCCGGAGAGUCCAGCGGCUGUGGAGAAGGGAAUUGUAGACUCUCCAGCAAGCUCAGACUUCGAGUCUCCAGAGAGCCCAGCGGCUGUGGAGAAGGGGAUUGUAGACUCUUCAGCAAGCCCGGACCUCGAGUCGCCAGAGAGCCCAGCACCCGAGGAGAAAGGACUUGUAGACUCUCCAGCAAGCCCAGAUCCAGAGUCUCCAGAGAACCCAGCACCCGAGGAGAAAGGACUUGUAGACUCUCCAGCAAGCCCAGAUCCAGAGUCUCCGGAGAGCCCAGCACCUGAGGACUCUGAUUCAAUGGAGAUGGAUCCACCUGACUCUACUAUAUCAGAGGUAGCACCAGUGAUUCUAGCGAAUGUUGGGGCUGCACCACCACCUAUUUCAGCGGAUGACACAGAACCAUUUGUUCGAGUGGGGUAA